AUGUGGAUGUUGUCUUGGCUUUGUGCUAUUUUAAUUAUUUUGUCUAUUGCUGAUAUGGAUGAAAUAGCAAAGACCACGCCAUAUAUCAAAUUUACAAAGAAAUCCGAAGGAAAAGAGAUGCUGAAGGGUUUAAAGCUGCCCAGUGGCCUACCUCCAGGAGAAGAAGAAAUGGCUGAAAUGGCAGGACCAACCCCCGACCCCUCCGUCAGAGAUUCUCCCUUUGGCACUGCCUCUCUCUUCCCCUUUGAAAACUUCACUCUGGACACGGCCGAUUUCUUUUUGAAUUGUUGUGAUUGUUGUUCAUCUGCACCUGGGCAGAAAGGAGAACCUGGAGAGACUGGAAAUCCAGGUCCUAAGGGAAAGACUGGUGAUAUGGGGAUCCCAGGGUCACCAGGAGUCAUUGGACCCCAAGGUCCAAAAGGCCAGAAAGGAGAGAAGGGACUUAAGGGAGAACGUGGGGACCAGGGAACAAGUGGCGUUCCAGGAUACCCAGGAAAACCUGGAGAACCAGGUGGACUUGGUCCUAAAGGGGCCAAAGGAGACACUGGGCUGGCGGGAGUAAAAGGACAAAAAGGCUCCAAGGGGGACACGUCUGUCAAUGCUACCAAAGGAGAUAAAGGAGACCGAGGGGCUGUGGGCUCUCCAGGAUUGAAUGGAGAGCCUGGGGCCAAGGGAGAGAAGGGGGACCGGGGAGAGAAGGGCUACUGUGGAAUCUCUGGGGAGAGGGGAGGAAAGGGGGAAAAAGGUGAGGUGGGGCUGAAAGGAGAAAAAGGUAGCAAAGGCGAUAUUGGGAUGCAAGGCAGAAGUGGCCCAGGGGGCCUACCUGGGGCCCGAGGUGACCCGGGGGCUAAAGGAGAAAAGGGAGCUGCAGGUCCUCCCGGUCUGGUGGGACCUGCGGGGCCAAAGGGUGAGCUUGGGAGCAAAGGGGUCCGAGGAUCUAUUGGGAAGAAGGGCUCUCGGGGCCUCAAAGGCUCCAAGGGCGAGAUGAGCAGAGUCCCACGAUCAGCUUUCAGUGCUGCUUUGUCAAAGCCUUUCCCUCCUCCCAAUGUCCCUAUCAAAUUUGACAAGGUUUUCUAUAACGACCAAGGGAAUUACAGCCCUGUCACCGGGAAGUUUAACUGUAGUAUUCCUGGGGCAUAUGUGUUUUCCUACCACGUCACGGUGAGUGGCCGGCCCGCUCGGAUCAGCCUGGUAGCCUGGAAUAAGAAGCAGUUCAAGUCCAGAGAAACACUCUACGGUCAUGAAAUAGACCAGGCCUCUCUCCUCAUCAUCCUGAGAUUAAGUGCAGGGGACCAAGUCUGGCUGGAAGUUUCCAAAGAUUGGAAUGGAGUGUAUGUCAGCGCUGAGGAUGACAGCAUUUUCACUGGGUUCCUUUUAUACCCAGAGGAAAUGCCUGGAAUUUUACCAUAA